AGCGGAACUUCUGCCGCCCAAUUUGAAGUAGAGUUCAUACGAGUUAACGUAAAACCCUGGCAGAACAUUUCCAAAUUUGUUCUUCCUGUUCUCAGAGAUUCCUGAUUACGAAGUGUAAAAUUUUGUUUAGUAAUUCUUUACGCAACAUAACUGCGCAAGCAAAGAAUCCAAUGGAUUUUAUAAGAGGAGAGCAAUGCAUCUUUUUCGAGCCUGCUUUUCAUGUCCAAUUUUGUUGUUCCCUGCCACUCAAUUUCAUCAGAUUUUUACAGAAAUCCUUUUUAAGAUGGGCAGAAGGAAAUGCUUACAAUAUCAGAGGCUUUUUCUUGCCUGGAUUUUCUUUUGGUAUCAUUGUACUAUAUUACACGCCCAAAAUCAUUCAACACCAGCUAUUCUGAAGAUUGGGGCCCUUAUUUGCUUGAACUCGAGAACUGGGAAGGCCAUUAAGAUGGCUCUAGAGCUUGCAUUGGAAAAAGUAAAUGAAGACCCAAACAUAUUGUAUGGCACAAAAUUGGAGUUACUUGUGCCUGACUCAAAUUGUAGUGUGCUUCAAAAUGUUGCUUCAGCGAUGCAAUUGAUGGAUGAUGGAGUGAUUGCAAUAUUAGGUCCGCAAACAUCAGAUGACUCAUAUUUUAUGGCUGCUAUGGCAGAAGAAAACCAUAUUCCUUUGGUUUCAUUUACAGCUACAGAUCCAGCAUUAUCUCAGUUACAGUAUCCCUAUUUUAUUCGGGUUGUUCCUAGUGAUGCAGUGCAGAUGGCUGCGAUUGCAAGCAUAAUUGAUUAUUAUGAAUGGAAGGAAGUUGUGGCUUUAUUCACAGAUGAUGAUUUUGGAAGGAAUGCUAUUUAUGCAUUAAGAAAUUCUCUUGAAAAGAUUGGCUCUAGAAUUUCGUAUAAAGUUGCAUUAGAUCCUAAUAUAGGGAAGGUUGGAUUUCAGAAGGUACUGUUAGAUCUUCAUAAAAUCAAACCAAGGGUAAUUUUAGUGCACAUGCAACCUGAUUUGGGCCAAACUUUACUCUCUGUUGCUAUUCAUUUGAAAAUGUUUAAUAGCAGCUAUGUUUGGAUUGUUACGGAUGGUACUGCAGGCAUAUUAGACACACUACCUCUUGGUGUUGAUUCAUUAACAGCACCAGAAGGGAUUAUAUGUACUCAAGUGUAUAUUCCUCCAUCUUUUAAGUUCAAAUAUCUCUACUAUGAAUUGAGAAAACGACUGGGAAGUAGAUGUUGUGAAGAUCAGAAUCUCAGAGCUGUGGCAUUCUAUGCAUAUGAUGCACUUUCGGUGAUCGCAAAAGCAGUACAUAGCUUAUUGAAUCAGAAGAAUUAUGAUUUAUCUGGUGGUCCAGAUACUCCUAGUGUAACUUUUAAUCCAGCAAAUGGAAGAGAAUCAACUGAUGUAUCUCCAUUGCUUCAUCAAAUUCAAAAAACCAGAUUUUUGGGUACAACAGGCCUUAUUGGAUUUGAUGCUAAAGGUGAUCGCUUGCAUUCUGUUUUUGAGAUUAUAAACAAACUUGAGACAGGUCGUAAAGCUGUGGGUUACUGGACUUCAAGUGUAGGAUACUUGACCAUUCAGCCUCCAAGCACUAUUGCUGAGAGUACAUUUAAUGCUACCAAAAGAGUCAAGGAGCCAAGUCUUGUAACUUGGCCUAGAGGUAGUAGUAAAGUUUCUCGUGGUCGGAUGCCUUCAAUGAUUGGAAGGCCUCUUCGCAUCAUUGUUCCACACAAAGCUGGGUUUGAGACAUUUGUGGGGGUGGAUGUGAAAAGGCAUAAUAAAACAACAGCUUCGGGUUUCUGUAUAGAAGUAUUUACAGCUGCUCUUGCUUAUCUGAAAUACAAUGUUUCUUAUACAUUUACAGCUUUUGGAACUGGACAGACAACUCCCAAUUAUGAUGACCUCAUUCAAAAAGUUGCUGACAAGGAGUUUGAUGCAGCUGUUGGAGAUAUUACAAUUACCAGAAAGCGCUCAAAUAUAGUUCAAUUUACACAGCCAUUUUUAGAGUCGAGCUUGACAGUGGUGGUGCCUAAAUUGCUUAAAAAAUCUAGCCGCACCUGGCAGUUUUUUCGACCAUUUUCUAUAAGCAUGUGGUGUACCAUGGGUGUUUGUUUUAUCAUCACUGGAGUAGUUAUAUGGGUAUUGGAACGUAGGAAUAAUAAGGAUUUUCGAGGAAGGCCAAAGAAGAUGAUUUCCACCAUUAUUUGGUUCAUAUUGUCAACCCUUUUCUUUACUCAGAGGGAGAAAGUGAAAAGUGUUCUAGGCCGGAUGGUGUUAAUUGUUUGGUUUUUUGUGGUCCUUAUCAUCACUUCGAGUUACACUGCAAAUCUCACUUCAAUUCUGACUAUUGAACAACUAAGGCCAACAGUGAAUGGCAUUGGUGGAUUAAUUACAAGUGAUGACCCUAUUGGCUAUCAAAGUGGAUCAUUUGUGAGAGACUAUCUAUUAGAGUUGAAUGUAGCAAAAGAGAGACUGGUCCCGUUAAAUACAUUGCAGAAUUAUAGAAAUGCAUUAUUAAGUGGCCCACAACGAGGUGGGGUGGCAGCAAUUGUGGAAGAGAAACCUUAUGCAGAUUUGUUUAUAUCACAAAGAUGUGAGUUUAAGACUUCUGGCGCAGAAUUCAGCAAAGGUGACUGGGGAUUUGUAUUCCAGAAAGGUUCACAGCUAGCUAUUGAUAUUUCGACUGCUAUAUUGAAGCUUAAUGAGGAUGGAACUUUGCAACGUAUACGUGAUAAAUAUCUAGGAAAUUCUACAUGUGAAUCAAGUGAUGAAAUUUCCAGCCAUCUAGGCACAUCGGCAUUUUUAGGCUUAUUUUUAAUAACUGGGAUUGUAUCGAUAGUAGCAAUCAUUUCAUAUUGUGUUAGUUUAGCAAGACUGUUCUGUGUUGUUAGGGAAGAGGAUAUUGCAAACGAGGAAGAUUAUAGAGAGAACUCAUCCAAAUGUGCAAGUAUAAUGCAUUCUGUUAAGUCCUUUCUAAAAUUUAUUACCAAAGAAGAAAUCCCUCGACACAGAAGAAAAGAUUUGCGAUAUAGAAGUAAGAUACGAAAACAAGAGAAAAAAAGAGCAAAAAAUGGGUCAACAAGUGGGAGCUCAUUGGGCACUAGAGUUGGAUAUCAAGACCAUUCAUUUUCUGGUAAGACAGAUGAUGAAGACCAAAGUGUCAAUCCUAGUCUGCAUAGGACACAGAGCCCUGAAAUAGAAGGCUUUGGUUCUGAAGGGGAGCUAACGUUUGGGAAACGUGGAUGAUUGAGGAAGGAUUAGUAACGAAUAAGGUCCCAUAUAUAUUUAUAUCUGUAUAUUUAAAUAUUUUUCUUUUGUUGCAACUUUUAAAACCAUGUACAGUAACAUUUAAGCCCUCCAAGAUGAUCAAUUGUGCAUCAGUAGUUGUAACCUCUUAAUGACAGCAAGGGAACCUAUAAGCACACAAGCUCCUCUAGAAUAUGUAACAAAGAAUACUUUUAUUGGCUAAUGGUUUAACACUUAAUGCCAUCUCAUUGACAGAUA